AUGCACUCUCCCAAGAAAAAAAAAAAAAACCUACCUAGCAAUACACACCAAACUGAGCAUGUGCAGAGUGUCUCCACACGAUAUGUCUUAUCAGGAGAUAAGAGGGAGACACUGAAAGAAGGGGAGGAUCAGAGAAGUCAGGCUCUAACAGUGUUGUUACACUAUGCAGAGGAUUAACCCCUUAGAUUCCACAGUGAGUAUAACAAUCACGCUUUAGUGCCAGGGGCAGACUGACAACUCAUGGGGCCCUCGGGCAAUAGAGGAUCAUGGGGCCCCUGUGUCCUUACCCAAACUCAAAAAAGCCUAU